GGCAUGCAUGGACAAUCGCUAGCUGAAAAAGGACCAUUUGACCCUAAACUCUUGCGAUGUAAUCACUCCAUUGGGCAACCUAAUCCUCUCAUAGUUUAAGGCAGCCCUGCUCUGUGCUCUGCUCUCCUCUCUCAGUCGAUCUCUUCUGCAAGUUGCAACUGGGGUUAUAUAAGCACCACUCCCUGUCACCGCCGGUCGGGGGCAUUAGCCAUCGUCGUCCAGACAUCCGGUCCUCUUUCCCCAAGCUAGCUAGCUCGCCCAGCCAAGCCUGAAGCGCGCGGCCAUAGGAGCAGAAGCCAAGCACAAGGCAAACUAAUAAGUUAGGUAGAGAUCGACAGAAAUGGGCAACGUGCUGCCAUGCCUGGUCCAACAAGCAGGCACAGCAGCAGGGGCUCUGCCAGCCAUGAACCCCAAGCGGAGGCUCAUCUCCCUCAAACUCCUCACGAAGGCCAUCCACAAGAUGAAGAAGAGGCUCGGUCCCGGCAAGGCGGCCAAGAUAGACAGCAAACCGUUACCGUCGUCGGCCGCGGUGGAAGGAGGAGAAGUUCGUGUUGAAGCGAGAAGCAAGGCCACCAGCAGCACCAACAGCCGCAAGGGUGCCGUGCUGAGGACGAGGCUCCAUGGCCGGAGCAGUGGCCUGAUCAACAAGCAGGGGAAGAAGGGCGUCGUGCGAGUCAAGGUGGUCCUGACCAAGGAGGAGGCCGCGCGGCUGCUGGCGCUGACAGUCGGCGGCCAGAGGCACACCGCCGCGCAGAUCGUGGCCGAGAUGAAGAAGAUGGAGGCCCGCCGCGCCGCCGCCGGCAGCGCCGCGUGGCGCCCGGCGCUGGCCAGCAUCCCGGAGGAGUCGUCGUAGGAAGACCGGUCGGUCGAUGCAUGAGCUCGUUCAUCUAGACGUAGCUCCGGCCAUGCUUUAAUUUCCCUAUAGUAGGCAGGCGUCAGUCAGUCGUGGUCCAUGCGUUCAUGCGAAGAAACCUCAGAAGCCUUGAUCUCCGGUGGACGGUGGUGACAGCAGACUGGUGAGCCAGAGAGAGACUUGGGUUGAGAGGCGAGGUGACGACGGCGUACGCUCCCCCUCCCAUAUGCACGCGCCAGGCCGCCGGCGUAGAUCCUCGCUCACCGUGCCGAUGUACAGCUAGCUCCCCUUUUGGUUUUGAAGCUUUGUGUUCUUCUCCACGGCCUAGUAUACGUGACCAGCGAGUGAAAGAAAAUGGAACGCAGAACUUCGUUCAGCUCUUUCCAAUGAAAUGUUUGUUGUGUCCUGUAGCA